CUCUAAUUAUACCCUACGAUAUACAGAGCCCAGAAUCCCUCGCUGCUUCUACGGUUUCCCCUCCGAGCUCCCCACUGAUUUUGAUCUUCUUAGCAUCUGCUUCCUCCUGCGGACUCCACGAUACUCUCUUCUUUCUGGGAAAUUAUUACGCGGAUUAGAACCGGUUAAAGUGAAUAGAAAAGAAUCCAAAAGCGGAGACCGGUGAACUGGAAAAUUUUCCUUGAGAGGACGGAUUGGCGGGCAUGGUGGGGACGGUCAUAGUUUGGCUCAGCGCUUUCUUUCUUCUAGUUGCUCUACUUAUCCUUGUAAUCUACCAGCUGAUGUCUUUGGCGGAUCUAGAGUUUGAUUACAUUAACCCUUACGAUUCAUCUUCAAGGAUAAAUGCAGUGAUUUUACCAGAGUUUGUGCUUCAAGGAAUCUUAUGUUUGCUCUUUCUGGUAUCGGGUCACUGGAUGAUGUUUCUUUUUGCUGCUCCAAUGCUCUACUAUAAUGUGAGAUUAUACCAGCAGCAGAAACACCUAAUAGACGUAACUGAGAUCUUUAGUCAGCUCAAUGAAGAGAAGAAGCGUCGUCUCAUCAAGCUUAUCUAUCUAGUUACCCUUCUCUUCCUGUCCUUGUUCUGGAUGAUAUGGAGUGUUUUGGAAGAUGAUUAGUUGUGAAGGUGGAUACUCUGGAUGUUUGCUACCCAGGAUGCUUGCAGGCUUGUAUUCAAAGCUAUAAAAUUUCCCAAGCUCCCAGAAAUUGGAAGGAGAACCGAGCAUAGACUUCUGAUUGCCAUUAUGUGCGUUAUGGAGAAAGCAAAUUCUGGCUUUACAACUAUUGAACAUUCAUGUUUGAACAGUCCUUAGCAAGCUGUGCCAUUUAUAUUCUUUGUUGAAAGGAAAUAUUCACUGAACCUUCUCAUUUUCUUUUUUUUCUUGUUA